GUGAGUGGCCGUGAAAGCUCCUAGGCCUGUUUGUUUAUCACCACUCUUGGGCCGAGAUGCCGCACCAUGUUGUCCACAAUGCCUCCAGUACUACUCGCAUUUGCACUCCGCGACUAUUGCGUACCUGGCCGCGGCCGCUUGAUAUAUGGAAUUUACCGGGAAAGCUUGGGAGCGAACACGGCUCCCUUCGCAUAUGGAGCACUGAAUUGUUGAUUAUCGGAACCUAAUACUGGCCGUAUCCCGAAAUUAACUAUGGCAGAUUACUCGGCGCCCGUCUAGCAAAUGACGAAGCCCGACACCUAUCGCUUUUGCCUUCAUACAGUGCACUUCGUAGAAGUCAUCGUUUUGUUGUCGCAUUUUCAAAUCUUGUUUUCCAUUGAGCCAAAUAAAUAGUAAACAAAACAACAAUUAACUAUCGAAAUCGAACAGUGUUUGGUUCUGCGACGUCGUCGAGAUUGUAUUUGCAAGAAAUUAUUGAAUUUGGCCAGUUGGGAAUCGCGCAGAAUGUGGUAUUUCCGGUAGGAGAAAAACCAUCGAGUUCAGGCCCUGGUUUUCCGAAUUGUUUCUCAAUUUCCAAGAGUUUUCUUAUCAACAUUCAAAUUUCUGGAAGGGCAAGCAAAUAUUGUAAAUCGCUGUCGUGACUGUUCUUAUUGGUUCAAGUGCGUUCCACGCUCGUUCGGUGGUGAUUAUGUUGAGUGUGCAGUGACGACACAAAUAGCAAAUAUGUUGGACGAAAAUGGCAAUAAUAAUCAAUGCGAAAUUAGUGGAAGAUUUCGUCAUAGCACUUGUUGUUUUCAUUUUCGCUUGUUUUGUAAACAACUGCGUUAGUAAUGCCAGUAGUAGACGUGUGACUUUAGAUAAAGAGUUGUGCAUGAUAUUUUUGUAUACUAGCGAUGGUACAUGGUUUUUCGCAAACACAAGAACGUUGACUUUACGCAUAUCAUAUCUAUUUCCAAAACGGAUACUCGCAAGAACAUAAACCUAUAUCAAUCAUGGGCAGCAGCGACGCUCAAACCUAUUGUCUAAGAUGGAACAAUCACAAAGCAAAUUUAGUGGAGAUCUUGGAUGCUCUUAUCAAAAUGGAAAGUUACGUCGAUUGCACCCUAGUCGUCGAAGAUCAAAUACAAUUCAAAGCGCAUCGUGUGGUUCUUGCCGCAAACUCGCCAUAUUUCCAAAGUAUCCUGCAAGAUGUUCCUAUGGAUCAUUGCAGCAUACUCAUUCCAGGCGUUCAAGCAUUCGAGAUGCGUGCCUUAUUGGAAUACAUGUACACUGGAGAGGUGAAUGUAACCCAGAGUCAAAUUCCAAAAAUCAUGAAAAUUGCGGAACAACUGGAAGUGAAAGGGCUUUUCGACAUGACUGACUUCAAAGAAAAAUUCAAUAAAAUCGACGAGACAGGUCCUAAAUCCACACAACAAGAACCAACAACUCCACCUGCAAGAGAGAGUGGAGAACAACAUCAGUCAUCUCCAGUAAUAGCCACAUCAACAACAGUGACCCCCUCUCAAAGUUGUAGUUCCUCGCCACCUUAUAAUUAUAAGCCACCUUACUCGAAUAUUUAUGCCAAAAAUUCGGAUCCAUCAACAUCAGAAAGACAGAAUCCUGUACCAUGGCCUCUUUCCCCGCAUCUUUCGUCGGGAAUGCCUAGCGCCGCGGCUGCAGCAAUGUUGAGCUCUGUGUAUGAGGCGGGUCCUGAUAUGAAUCCAUUAAAAAGAAAAAAGAUCUCAUCAAUGUCCAGUAUGUUAAUGUCACGUGAUACGCCCAUAUUGAGGAAUGUGUUGGCCCAACCACACGCCGCUGAUUCCUCGCAACCGAUGCCGCUCGUUUGUCAACCGAUUAAGCAGGAAAGCCGACCAGAAAAACUACCUGUGGAGAAUUGCAAUGGAGCUGAUUAUAAUAUGGAUAAGAAGUUUGCUAAGUACGAAGAGCCCCAUUCACCAUACACUGAUAAGUCGUUUGAGGAUGACUGUAUGGACAUGCCACCAAACUAUGCAAACGACUCCCGUUUAGCAUCAUACGUCCCACAGCAACAACAAAAACCGGAGUGGAAAAGAUAUAAACAAUACACAAGAAGCGACAUCCUUUCUGCUAUUGAAUGUGUACGUAAUGGUAUGAGUGCAUUGCAAGCUUCGCGAAAAUACGGGGUCCCAUCUCGUACUCUUUAUGAUAAGGUCAAGAAGCUAGGCAUAACCACCGGUCGCCCGAUGAAUCGAACUAUCAAAAGAAGUCCUAGCAAUGGAGGAGCUCAGAGUGGUUUCCACUUCAGUUUAGGUGCCGCAGCGCAUGCUUAUGGUCCGAACGAACAAAUUCUGCAACACAUUCAUGAAGCUAACGAAAGAGACAAAGAACGCGAACACCAGCUUCCUGCGACGAUUCCUCACCCAGCUGCUGCUCUUCUCGAUCCUGCAUUUUUACAGCAAGCAUUCGAAUCGCGAGGUGGAGAAAUUGCUAGCCGCGAUGCCUUGCAUGCGAUGGCUCUUGCGGCGGCAGCGCAUGCAGCUGCUAAUGGCAUAUCAACUAGUCCUGGAACAAAUGGCAACACUCGAUCUCCUAGUCCUAUGAGGUACACUGCUCGCUCGCACAGUCCCGUUACAAUUCGAGAAAGAGAAAGGGAAAGGGAGAGAGAGCGGGAACAUCAUCAGCAUCCUCCGCAAGACGACGAGGAUGAAGAUCAAGUUGAAGAUUUGUCUGUCGGCGCUCGAAAAGACGCUCAAUCACCUGUACCGCAUAGCAGCCCCUCAAAUGCAUAUCAACGACAGCAGGAGCACAGGCAUCAGCAAAUUUUGCAACAUCAUCAACAGCAAACUGGCGUUAUCGUCCCUCCGAUGACGAAGCUUCCAUCGAAUGGUGGAGAGGAUUACUCAUCUGAAAUGAAACGGGAGCCACCUUCAACGGAAGAAGCAACAACGACGAGGGAAUAAAGACUUUUUUUUACUUUUAAGUUAAAACACAGCAGAACAUGCAUCUGUAACGUUCCUCAUUCAGACACAAUGUAAGUCUACAAUUAUUUUAUUUUUAGAGAAAAUCUUCUAAUAGUGCAAUAUAUAAACGUGAAUUAAAAAAAGAUUUGAAUUGUAACUAAUGGAUAUUUUUCGGGAAGUCAGAUUUAGAAGGUUCAUUCUGCUUCAUACUCGCUGACAAACUUUUACGUAGGUUUAAGGAAUUGGGAUUUAAAUUCAAUUGAAAUUUUUGAAAGGCAAACAAAUGCCGCAACGUUUAACGUCCGAAA